GAGGAGUAAUUGUGCGUGUGUGAGAGAGCGUGGGAAGUGUUAAAACCCAAAAAAGAAUGAAAGACCAUGACCUGCCACUGGUCUCCCCGACCUCCGUAUCUACCAGGGCGAAGACGUGAAGAAGAAGAAGAAGAAGAAGAGAGAGAGAGAGAGAGAGAGAGAGAGAGAGAGAGAGAUAGAGACCUAACUUUUAAUUUCUUGCUCCUCCGAUCUCCUCUCUGAUUCUCCCUUGUCUUCGGUUGAUCGACCAUUCUCCUAUUUCCUCUUCUGGAUUUAGAGUUCCGGCGAGUGAUGAAGAUGGAGCUUGGAGGUCAUGAUCGUUAAGAGGAAAGUGGGUGGGAAGACAAUUUCGGUAUUGAUUGAAAACGGAUGCUGAAGAGACGCAGCUACUUGAAUUGCUACUGACCGGAAGAGAAGGAAGAAUAGGAGAAAAUGGUCGAGGGUUCCAAAUUUGGGGGCGCUGGAAAUAAUGAAAAUUUCUUCAACUUUGCGUCGGAUUACAUCCGUCUGGCCGAGGGAUCGAAUAUGUCCGUGGAUAGCAUGGGAAGUCUUCAGAUGUGCAACGCUGAUGGAUCGGUUGCCAUGUCUGCAGGUAGCAGUGUUGGUUCAAAUAUCCCCCUCGCAGCAAGCAUGAUGACCUACCCGGGCAUGGGUACCGUCACAAAUGGAUCUCUUGAGCAAAGUGUAUAUACGCCUGGCAUGGUGUCCCACCCACUUGCAGAAGAUGCAUUGGCGCGAGCCUUGAUGGAUGACCGUUACACGACCGAAGGUCUGGAACAAUAUGAUGAAUGGACAAUUGAUUUAAGGAGGCUCAAUAUGGGAACUGCAUUCGCUCAAGGAGCAUUCGGGAAGCUCUAUAGAGGUACUUACAAUGGAGAAGAUGUGGCAAUUAAGAUAUUGGAAAGGCCCGAGAAUAACCCGGAGAAAGCGCAAUUGAUGGAGCAGCAGUUUACUCAGGAAGUAAUGAUGUUGGCGACACUACGGCACCCUAAUAUUGUGAGAUUCAUUGGUGCCUGUAGGAAACCUUUGGUCUGGUGUAUUGUUACUGAGUAUGCAAAGGGCGGGUCGGUCAGGAAUUUCUUGAUGAAGAGGCAAAACAGGUCUGUGCCACUGAAAUUGGCAGUAAAGCAAGCAUUGGACGUGGCCAGAGGAAUGGCUUACGUGCAUGGCUUGGGAUUUAUCCAUCGAGAUCUUAAAUCAGACAAUCUGUUGAUAGCCACUGAUAAAUCCAUCAAGAUUGCAGAUUUUGGAGUUGCAAGAAUUGAGGUCCAAACAGAUGGGAUGACUCCUGAGACUGGGACAUACAGAUGGAUGGCACCGGAGAUGAUCCAGCACAGACCAUACACCCAAAAAGUUGAUGUCUACAGCUUUGGAAUUGUCCUGUGGGAGCUUAUAACGGGAUGUCUUCCCUUCCAGAAUAUGACAGCAGUUCAGGCAGCAUUUGCUGUUGUGAACAAGGGGGUAAGACCAACCAUUCCCCAAGAUUGCCUCCCGGUGCUCUGUGAAAUCAUGACGCGCUGCUGGGAUGUCAACCCCAAUGUUCGUCCACCCUUCACUGAGGUUGUCAGGAUGCUUGAGGAUGCAGAACGAGAAAUUCUGACAACCGUGCGUAAAGCACGUUUCAGGUGCUGCAUGACACAACCGAUGACCUUGGACUAGUAAUGGCCCCAAGGGAAUCAAAUCUUGUGUAUUUAUCCUAUUUUCUUUUCUUAGGCUAAGAAUGUCGUACUGCCGGUUUCCAGAUUCUAGUAUUUACUCGUGUCUUGUAUCUACUGCUUGUUAUUAUAUGCUUUUGUUGAUCUGUUGUUAAACAGAGAUUUGAUAUGAUCUUCUGCCUGCUUGUGGGGGCUUGUUUAUUUCUUUCGGAAGAUUUAUAUCAAGUCACUGGCAUCCUCACUGUUAACAGAAAUAGGAUUGAUGGAUAGUAUGUUAUAUGAUACGUGGAAUACAUUUCUUUGUUUC